AUGCUGUCCAAAGUGGAUUUGGAGUUAAAGGAAAGGUCGGAUAAUAGAAGAAGUUCCGUUGAAGCAAAAGUUCCAAGGAAGGGAAAAAUUGAGCUCGAACUGAAGAAAGCACCUCGUGACAAGGACGUCAAUCUCAUGUUUGCGGAUUCAUGGAACGGAUAUGCCGGUGGCGAUGUUUCACCUGCUGUGCGUGGAAAUAAAGAGAGCAAGGAACUUCUAGUGUAUUGUGGGAAACGUUCGGGUGGUAGCACAGGUUCUAGCGAAUCCAGUAAUAGUUCACACUAUGAUGAACACGAGCGAGCUGAAUCGACGUUGUCGGAUCUUCUUAUUGGUUCAGACAAUCCAAUUUACGAAGUCGAUGGUGAAAGUGAUGUAGACAUUAGGAAGGUCUUAUUUUGCGAAUCAAUUUGUAACAGUUUGGUAGAUGUUUCCUACGUACAGAGUCCUCCUCACGAUCCUUCACAUGGGCCUGCAAAUUCUCCAUCCUACACGGCCCUUUCAUGUUCAUCUCCUAAUCAGUAUCGUUAUUGCUGGUACUGUUAUGAAACAUACAAGGCGAUGUGCAUGGCUCAGGGAAAACCCCCACCUAGUAUCUUCAGCCAUGGACUGUGGCGCGGUCACUGCAUGAGGGAUGCGAACAGGGUUACAACUUGCCCACAUCUUUGGUUUACGACAUGCUCCCACUGUGGCGCUACGGGCAGCGCGGCACACAGCCCCCAGUUCUGCCCGAUGUUAGAGAUUGCCAGUCUUUGUCUCCGCAACAACUGA